UAGCCCCGACGACAGUCCCGACAGCGCCGCGAAGCCGCGCGCACGCCGCGUUCCUAUUUCAAAAACUUUGUGAUGUAACGUGAUUGUUAGUGGCCAGUGUUGUUUACGUUCCUACCACGAUAAACCUUUUUUCGCCGGAUGAAUUUGUUUCUGUGAAGUGUUGAGAGCAUUUCAAGAUAUCAUGAUGCCCUAAAAGAAUUACUCACUUUUAUCGUGGAACGGAACGUGAAUACCUCAUGCUUUCCAGUGGAUGUGCGAUACGAGCUCACGAGUGCAAUGAAGUGUAAAAAAUUCAAAUUCAAGUGAACAGUGAUGUCGCUGCGGCAUGAAGUCAUGGACGCCUCGUUCCUCCCGGCCGACCCGCCGCCCGAGCAGCCCAAGGACCUGGCCUCGGAGUACUUCAACACGUUCAGCCAGAUCUGUGACAACUACAGGCCGGAGAGUGAGCAUUUGAGGCAGACGUCGGACAGUCUGCGACUGACUUCAGAGAUAUUGGACGGCCGGGAGUAUGUGGACUAUAAGCAUAGUGAGUUUGUGACUACGGACUUUAAUGAGAAGGUGUUCCUGGGUAGGGAGCCCAAUGUGUUCUCGUUCGGGCAGCCGGAUGCCUCGGCGUUGCUGAAACAGAGGGCCCGGCGGCGGUACCAGGAGGAGCACGGGCUGCAGCCGCCGCCCGCCACCAGCCAGGAGAGUGGGUAUGGCAGCGAUGAAUUCGGGCACGACUCGCCCAGCCGGUUCGCGUCGCCCAAAGGCGCCGGCGCGGCCGCGUACCAGGAGCCCUACUACGGCGGCGAGUGGGCCGCGGGCUACUAUCAGCCCCCACCGCCGUACCAACACGACCCUUACGCCACGUCGCCAGGUAUAGCAGGCGGCGCGGUAGGCGAGCCGGCGGGCGGCGGCGGCGGAGGGGAGCUCCCGCUGCCGCCCAUGUCCUCGUUCAGAGCGGCCGCGCCUCACCACUCGCCCACAGACCCCAUGCUCGUCGCCAAGCCUGCUCUACAGCCGAUGUACGCGGCGAGCAGCGUGGCGGGCGGCGCGGGCGCGGUGGAGGCGGGCAGCCUGUCCUCGUACGGCUCGUCCCCCUCCACGCCCGUGCACUCCCCCCCACCGCUCCACGCGCGCCUCUACCCGCCGCUGAAGCACUCCCCGCAGCAUCACCACGUGCACCAUCACAACGGACAGCAAUCAAGCUGGGUGCCCACCGGCGUGUCAUCCCCUCCAAGCGCGUCCACCCCGCACGCGCUCCCCGCGGUGGGGGGCGUGGCGGCCGUCACGGGGGUGGGGGGCGCCGCGGCGGGGGGGAUGCCUAACGGACACCACCAGCAUGUCGCCGUGUUCCCACCACCGGUUAUGGGCGGCGCGGGCGACGCGCGGCAGCUGGACGAGGCCAUGGUGUUCCUGCGGGACCACUCCGACGUCGGCGGCGCGCGCAUGGAGGAGCGGCUGGACGACGCCAUCAACGUGCUGCGCAACCACGCCGAGCCCGACCUGUUCGCGCCCGACCAGCUGCCGCACGCGCCCGCCGUGGGCGGUCGGCUGGUGUCGGGGCUGGCGGCGAUGCACGCGGAGCCGCCGGUCAAACUCGAGCGGCAUCUGCUGCCCAACACAAAGAAGCGCAAAGAGCCCCCGGACUCCGGGCUGGACUCGAAGCCGUCGUCGUCGGGCUCCGCCGACCUCAAGUCCGCGCCGCCCGGCUCCAAGCGCGCGAGGAGAUACUGUUCAUCCGCGGACGAGUGCGACGAUGACGCGGAUCCACACGCGAAGGCGCUCCGGGAGAAAGAGCGGCGACAGGCCAACAACGCGAGGGAGAGGAUACGGAUAAGAGAUAUAAACGAGGCGCUGAAGGAGCUCGGCAGGAUGUGCAUGACGCACCUGAAGAGCGACAAGCCGCAGACCAAGCUCGGGAUAUUAAACAUGGCUGUGGAGGUCAUCAUGACGCUGGAGCAGCAAGUCAGAGAACGUAAUCUGAAUCCGAAAGCAGCGUGCCUGAAACGACGCGAGGAGGAGAAGGCGGAGGAAGCGCCCAAGCUGUUGGCGGCGCCGCUACAGCACUACCAGCCCAUGCCGGGUAUGGGCCAGCUCCCCGGGCAGCCCCCCGCCGGGCCGCCGCAAUAGCGACAAACAAACACGCACACACACUACGCGCUGCCCUAGCGACACACCGCGGACGCAAUCCAAUUGAACCAAUUGCUCUAGCGGGCCGGUCCAAUUGAACCAAUUGGACCAUCGGGCCGAUACAAUAAUUUUCACCGUGUAAAUAUAAUGACUUAUAUUUUAUCGUACUUAUUUUCAUUUUUAUCAAUCGAAUUUAAUUUUUUUUACGACAUUUAGUUAUUUUUAAAAGCUUUUAUUUUUUAUAGUUUAAAUUUUUAAGGUCAUCGUAUUUGAUUGUUGCUCCACGGAGCCAAUCGGACAUAUGUAAAUGGAAAUAAAACGUGAAACGGUGGCACAAUUCAAUGUGUUUAUUUAUAUUUUUUAACGGCUGUAGAAUUAAAAAUAUAUAUAUUUAUGUAAUGUCCUUAAAUUUUGUAAUUUUCAAUAAAUUUAAUGUUAACGGUAAAUUUAGCCCAUGAUAUACCAAACUGAUGGAAUAUUUCGGAUACUAUUCAUCAAUAAAAUUAAGUAAAAUAUUUAUCAAAAUUCUUAAUCUUUCUGUGAUCCAGUUUGCAAAUAUUAUGGAUUGAAUUUGCCUUUAAUUAUUUUUUUAUAUUAAAACUGAUAUGUAUAAAUAAUUAAAUAUGUUUAAAUCUGUAUGUAUAUAAUCAAUUGUAUUGUCUUAUCGUUUCGCGCACCCAAAGAAGCGAGCAGUGUGUAGUGAAUGGACUCUAGUGAAUAAGAGUGUAUAUUACUAGCGUAGUCAUAGUUCGUCUGUGGUCUCCCGGCGCCAUGGAAUUUGUAAAAUAUUAGUCUAGACAUACGUUUAUGUAUAGGUACAUAGUUUAAUCUAUCGAGAAAGAUAUUUUUAAUUACGGUUUAAAAUUUUUUUUUCGCUGCCAUAAGCGUAGAUAUAAGCCGCGAGGCGAUGCGUUGCCGGGGAUAUAUUGAUAUUUAUAAGAUUCUCACAUAUUUUAAUCACACCCUUUUAAUAAAUUCGUUUCAGUUUAGCCGAGUCAUAAGUUGAAAAACAUAUUAUCAAGUAUUUUUGUACUUAAAUGUCCCCUUGAUGAUCUGUUUUUGUCGGGCGAAAACAGAUAAUAUUUAAAAAAAAUACUGUACAAAUCACAAAGAUCUAGUUUGCUUGGACGAGAUGUUCAAUACUCAGUACAAAAUGUACAGCUUGUCCAAGUAUAUUAGACUAAUAAAAUUGUAUCAUCGACCAGUCGUGACAAUAAGACCCCGGCCAGGCAUUUUCUCCCGUUUUAAGAAUAUUAUUGUGAUUAUUUUGAUUGAGAAUGGUGCGUUAUCGUGUAUUUGAGUCGAAUAUUUAUCGAUUUGUGGAAAUGUGUGAAUUCAGUCGAUGCGAAGUCGGCGCCUAUGAACCAAUUGGAUUUUUACCUGUGAAUAAAUUGAAUUGCUUUUUGAAAAAUACAUGUCCCAGUUAUCGAUGUAAACAGUGAAAAACUACUUACAGUAUUAUUUAUUUAUGGUUGACUGGAGUUUCAUACAUUUUCAAAAGAAUGGAAUUUUAUUGUUCGUUUAUUUUUUAAUAAAAAGAAAUGGCUGCUAACUUACGAAAGUACUUAAGAAGAGUUUUUUUUCUCUUUCGUACCAAGACUCCAGUGCGGAUUCGUUAUAUUUUCGGUUAUCUUUUUUCUAUUUAGACGUUUUUUUAUCGCGUCGGUCCGGGCGACCGACGCUAGUAUUAUUUUUAUACACAUUUAUAUAUACUUUAAGAUUUAUUUGGUAGCUGUUUAAACAUCAAAUCAUGGUAAACACGAAUUUUUUUAUUAUUAUUAUUGUUUUUUUUACGUGGCCUUAGUUCACCACCUAAAUUAAGAAUUGUAAUACAUUUAUACCACAGAUACAAUUUGAAUUAUGACUUUUCGUUCAAAUUUGACAGAUAUAUUUUUAGACUUACAGAGUAAUAUCAUAAUUUGUGCGGUGAACUAUUGCUUCGGAGUAGCUCAAGCUGUUGACAUUGGAUCGAAACUAGUUUUAAACCUUACGUUGCCAUUAUAUAAAUCAAUUUCUCUUAUUUAUGUAUAUUAUAUAAAUAAAUCAUACGUGCCUAUAUAUAAUUGACAGUUUGACAAACAAAAUGGCGGACUUAUAAAUGUCAGUUUUGUGUACACAUGAAGAAGAAACACAUUGUUUUAUCAAAAUUAGAAUUAAUAGUCAUCCAUUAUUUGCAAAAUGCGUAUUCCAUUUGACUUGAUUCAGAUAUGUGAUUUACCAUUUAGCAACUUCUUAACAACAGUGUGCCACUUGUCUGAAUCAGUUGACCGAUUAACUUGACGUAUAAAUCUAGUCGAGCGGAAUAUACAUAAGUUCUAAUGUUGUAUUUACAACAUUAGUUAAUGUGCGUACAGAUUAUGUAACAAUGUUGUAUAACUUUGAUGUGCAGCACGUCCGUAUUAUCUCACAUUGUUUUUCAACUUUGCAACCUGUAACAAUACUAUUUAUAUUAUUAUGUUAAAUAACAUUUGAAAUUAACAAUAAUUACGUGUUAUACAGUUAAAUACAUUUAGUGGCCACAUUACAUUAUAUUUAUAAUCUGUACGCCCCGUUCGAUCCACAUGUCACCAGCGGCGGCUGUAUGACAAAGCAUAAUGUUGUAUAUAAAAAGCUCAAUUACAGCUUCUCUAAAUUAUUAGACCCGCUCAUGACACCAUCAUGACACCGCCGGCUACUCGGCGUAUUGAAUCAUGAUGAGCGAUAUACGCCGUUGAGAGCCGGCAUUUUAAAUUGUAUUAUAUAGAUAAGAUUAUUUCAUUUUUGAUUUAUAAAACUAACGUGGCGUGAGCGUUUUAUCGAUGUGCUGUUUUAUCGACGAGACUGCGACGCCACGUCCGCGGUCGCAUCUGUCUUUGUGUGCGGUUUCGACCAUGACGCCAUCUGUUGUUUAAUUUUGGAGUAAAGUAUACGUGAUUUGUAAAUCCGUAUGAUAACACAAAUGUAAAAACAAAUGUCAAAUUUGACAGAUGAAAAUCGCCUGAAAAAGAAAUAUUUGUUCUCACAUUUUUUGGAAGAAAUUAAAAUUUGUAAUCAAAGAUCGCUGCGCAGUGAAGACACGCGCCGACCGCCGCCUGCGUCGCGCUCCGGCGCGUACCCGAAGUUCAAAUAUUUUUUUUAAUAAUCCUAGUUUUAAGACAGCUUACGAGCCACAUUUAAGUUUAGUUUUUACUUCUCUUCCAGUUAGCGUUAAUCUAAGUUCUUAUCGUUUAUGCUAAGACAUUUUUUCGUAUGAGUAAUGUUAAUUUAUUGACUCGGCACUGUCUUGGAAUCUGUGCCGGAUGAGGCUUUUAAUUUUCCAGCCGCGAGCGUUUGGUGGUUCAUUCAAAUGCAUAGAUUAAAAAUAUAAUUACAAGAAAGGUCUAAUUAUAAAAAUGAAUAAUUAUAAUUAAAUGUGCCAUGCAUUUUGCUAA